AUGUCAUCUCUGACUGUCUUCCGCGGCUUCCCCGACACCGGCCGCUACGUCUGGUCCCCAUUCGUCACGAAGCUCGAAGCUCGUCUUCGAUUCGGAAAUAUCGCAUACAAAACAGAGCCAGGUUCUAUGUCCAACUCUCCCAAGGGAAAACUGCCAUACAUCUCCAUCGAGAAUGAGGACAAAAGCACGAAACUCCUUUCCGACUCAACUCUCAUCAUCAAAGAGCUCAUUCAGUCUAAAAAACUGAAAUAUCUUAAUUCCAAGCUCUCUGGAUCUCAAAGACUUCAAGAUAUAGCACUACAAGCUUUACUCGAAGACAAAUUAUAUUUUUAUGGGGGGUAUGAGAAAUGGAUACAGAACUACUACACCAUGCGAGAUAAGAUUCUCGCUGCACUACCCUGGCCUGUCAAGGUAGUCGUGGGCAACAUCAUCUACAACAAAAACCUUCGCACUCUCAACGGCCAAGGGACCGGGAAAUUCACCGACGAGGAAAUCGCUGCUUUCCGCAUUGAUCUCUGGGAUACUUUGAACGCUGCUAUUUCUGAAUCUCAUGCUAGGCAUGGGGACAAUGAAGGACCGUUCUGGGUAUGGGGUGGAGAGGAGCCGACCGAGGCAGAUGCAGUUGUUUAUGGCUUCAUCGCGGCAGGGUUGGUUUGUGAGUCGGCACCAACUACGCAAUGUAUUAUUCGGGGUUAUCCGGCUCUUUUGGUAUAUGCCCGUCGCAUUCAUGAUGUGUAUUUCCCUGACUAUGAGUUGUGGGAGUAG